GAGGAAGUGAUCUUGAAUCACAUCCGGGGACUGCUCAUGGUCACAAAAAAUCCAACAUGGCGUCUCACAUGUCGAGAUUCGGGUGUUGGGGCCGUAUACAGAGGUUUGGCAUUGCUGCAUGUAGACAAUACAGCAGUGCAAGUGGAUAUCCUAAUAUUUCACUGUCUACACCUUUACCUGGCAUUCCCAAGCCUGUGUUCGCUUCAGUUGAUGGUCAUGAACAAUAUGAAACCAAAAUAACCACUUUAGAGAACGGCCUUAAAGUUGCAUCGCAAAAUAAGUUUGGCCAGUUUUGCACAGUUGGAGUUUUGGUAAAUUCAGGUUCCCGCUAUGAAGCCAAAUAUCCUAGUGGGAUUUCACACUUUUUGGAAAAGCUUGCAUUUUCUUCUACAUCGCAGUAUGGAAGUAAAGAUGAAAUUCUUCUCUCACUGGAAAAACAUGGUGGAAUCUGUGACUGCCAAACAUCCAGGGAUACAACAAUGUAUGCGGUGUCUGCUGAAGUCAAGGGUCUGGAUACUGUGGUUAGCCUGUUGGCUGAUGCUGUUCUGCAGCCGCGUUUAUUAGACGAUGAGCUCGAGAUGACCCGAAUGACAGUAAGGUUUGAGUUGGAAGAUUUAAACAUGAGACCUGAUCCUGAGCCUCUGUUAACAGAAAUGAUUCAUGCUGCAGCAUUCCGAGACAACACCGUAGGCCUGCCCCGUUUCUGCCCAGUGGAGAACGUGGACAAGAUCGACAGGACGUUGCUGCAUAAAUAUAUGCGCAGCUACUACACGCCAGAGCGCAUGGUGUUGGCAGGUGUGGGGGUCGAGCAUGAGCAGCUGGUGGAGUGUGCCAGGAAGUAUCUGCUGGAUGUGAAGCCAGUUUGGGGCACAAGCACACCAGAGAAUGUGGAUCGCUCCAUGGCCCAGUACACAGGAGGCAUUGUUAAAAUGGAGAAGGACAUGUCUGAUGUGAGCCUUGGACCCACACCCAUCCCAGAACUCACUCACAUUAUGAUUGGUUUAGAGAGCUGCUCCUUCUUGGAGGAAGACUUCAUCCCCUUCGCUGUCCUCAACAUGGUGAUGGGGGGAGGAGGCUCGUUCUCGGCAGGCGGCCCAGGAAAAGGCAUGUUUACCCGCCUCUACCUGAAUGUUCUCAACAGACAUCAUUGGAUGUACAAUGCUACGUCGUACCACCACAGCUAUGAAGACAGUGGCCUGCUCUGCAUUCAUGCUAGCGCAGACCCAAGACAGGUGCGGGAAAUGGUGGAGAUAAUCACUAGGGAAUUUAUACAGAUGGCUGCUACAGCAGGAGAGAUGGAACUGGAAAGAGCAAAGACUCAGCUGAAAUCCAUGCUGAUGAUGAAUUUAGAGUCCAGGCCAGUCAUCUUUGAGGAUGUCGGUCGGCAAGUUCUGUCCACAGGCCACAGGAAGUUGCCUCAUGAGCUGUGCACUCUCGUCAGUAAUGUUACAGCCAGUGACAUCAAAAGAGUCAGCACGAGGAUGCUGCGCAGCAAACCAGCUGUGGCUGCUUUAGGAGAUCUGACUGAGCUGCCCUCCUAUGAGCAUAUCCAGGCUGCUUUAUCCAGCAAAGAUGGCCGUCUGCCUCGCAUGUAUCGCCUCUUCCGGUAGAACAUCAUCACAUGUAGUGAUUAUAAAGUUGCGUACACCAGUGACCAACCUACAGUGUAACUUUUUAUGGAACUCUUUUAUUGAACUGUUCUGGAGAAGUGCUGAGUGACAUUGGUAGUCAAAGUACUUCAUGGAAAUUGAACUUCGCCUUCAGAGGGCUCGUUAAUUCUUAUAUUGCGUGGAUGUGUUUUCGUAUCCUGUUCAGAGUAAAUAAAUGUGGACAGUUUUGCAGUAACAUGUCCAGCAGACUGGCUUUAGGCAAUUGAAAACUUGAAGGGCCCUGUUACCACAUAGUAAUGCAAGACGUCAGUUUCAUGUGAAGUUUGCUGAUGUGCUAAGAAAUCAUUAGAAGUAAUAAUUUCUAAUUUAGCACUAAGUAUUAAUAAAGGUUGAUCAUUUGAGUCCAAUCCAAAUUAAAUGAUUUUAUUUUUUUAUUUAAAAUGUUGUUCUGAGAGAUGCUGAUUAUGUUCAAAUUGUUCAAAAGAACUGUAAUGUAUAAUUUCAACAACCUAAUAUUCAGGUGAUAAUAAUCAAGCCUAGGUUUUUGUAGAUAUGAGGCACUGGCAUUAUGUUACUAAAUUUCUAACAAAAAAAUAUACAUUAGUGUACCCAGGAGUACAAGCUGUUUUAUUAAAAAUUAUUAUUAAACUAAUGCCAGAUUAUUGGUGUAUCAUUAAAACCUGGGUUCUGUGAAAACACUCGUAAAAAUAGUGGCAAUGUUAAAAUCUGCUUAGGGUUAAUGAGAUUGGUUACGAAAGAAGCCCAUUAUAAGAAAUAUAAAACAGCCAGGCCUGCAGCAACAUUUCAACCCAAAACUACCCUGUUCUGUUCUGAGAGUCAGAAGCCUGGGCAGAGACUGGAAACAGUUUUUCAAAAGGUUUUCUGAGCAUUAAUGCCUUUGUACGGUUGAAAGCGCUUCUCUCGUCGUUGGUUGUGUGAUGUAUAUUUAUUGGCAGACAAACCUAUGACUGCAUACGCUACAUGUCAUUUUCAUCUAAAUCUUAGUUUGUUCAUUAUAAAUGACUGCCUCAUGUACACACAACCUUCUUCUCACAUUUUACAAAUUCUAAUAAUGCUCUGACAUUGUAAUGUGCAAUUCCAUCUGCUUCUUCGUGUCUGUUUUUGUUCAUAAAUGUGGUUUACAUUUA